UCGCCGAUCCGGCUAUACUGGGGUGUGGGCACAACUUCUGCCGCUCCUGUAUCACACAGAGUUGGGACAGGGAGGCGAGAAAUUCCUGCCUGUAGAGAGUAGUUUACAGACCGCAACCUCAGGGUGAACCGGGCCUUGGUUAGACUGUUUGAGAAAGCUCGAACACUGAGCCUGAAUACGGAAGAGAAGGAAAGUAAACUUCACUGCGAGGAUGAUCAGGAAGAAUUGAAGUUGGUUUGUCGAGAUACGCGGGAACACAAGUCUCACAGCUUCAUACCGAUUAAAGAAGCUGUUGAAACCUACAAGGAUCAGGUUAAAUCAUCCAUACAAUCUCUGACUACAAGUAAAUCAGCCAUCCAGGAAAUGGAAGAGCAACAGAAGCAGAAGAUUUCCCAAGUGCGGGAGGAAGCUGGUCACAAGCGGAGGAUUAGUGAUGAUACCCAUGUAUUGUCACUGGCAGAAAGAUCCUAUCACCCGUUCUGGUUGAACGAAGUGUUGGGAGAACCCAGUGUUGUGAUUAAUCAAGUCUCCGUCACCCUGGAUGUGGAAACAGCGCAUCCACAGCUGAAAGUGUCUGAGGAUCGGAAGAGGGUGAGAUGUACCGCGACCUGGAGGACGGACCCCUCCACCGGGAAGAGGUUUACAUACCGGGCGUGUGUGCUGGGAUCGGAGGGAUUCACAUCGGGGAGACAUUACUGGGAGGUGGAGGUGGCUGGCAGUCACAGCUGGAGUCUGGGAGUCGCCGCAGAGUCUGUGGCGAGGAAUAGACGGGUCGACCUGACCCCGGAGACUGGAUUCUGGUGCAUCAGGCGUUACGGGGGUGACGGGGGUGACAUGUUUGAUGCACUCACCUCCCCUCGAACCCGUCUCCCCGCCCGUCCCAUCCCCUGGAAGGUGGGAGUUUAUCUCAGUUACGAGUCCGGGACAGUUUCAUUUUACGACGCGGACACCAAGUCCCAUCUCCACACCUUCACUGGGAAUAAAUUCACAGAGAAACUUUAUCCUUUCUUCAAUACUUGGAAUGUAAACCAGUGUCUGAGAAUCUGCUCCGGUUCCGCUCCGGGUGUGUAAAAGGGUCGGGUCCCGGGACCGGCGUCAGGAGCGGGGCUCAGGGGCUGUGGGGCAGAAACCCGGUGGACAACAGGUCGGCGCUGAACGAACGGCUCCCAUUUAAUCCCCAAAUUCCGCGUCGUGACACCCCAGUGAGCGCGGAAAUAAAACCAGGGGGAAUGUAAAUGUGGGAGAAGAGUGAAAUAAACAUAAACUGAAAUCA